AUGCUCCACAACGAGUCGGUUCAGCUUGUCGCGUGGGGCACGAAUUUUGGUGAUCCUUUCGAGAACACUCCGUUAGGUCCAUUAGGCGUGGAUGCAUACGACAAGCACUUCGAUCCAGGCGAACGGUGUCUGUUUGUGGACCAGACGUACGCACUGGCUCGCGGGGGGGCCUUUUUCCGCUACAAUGUUCUUGAGCAGCCGAAGGGCAAAGGAAGGCGUUCUCCCGCAGGAGGGCCUCCCUCCGCGAAGGGCGUCGGCCACGACAGGCUUCGGCCCGAGGAGCUGCCGGGCCGCCUGGCAGUCCAGAAGCUCUUCCGGCAGCGCAAGUGGAUCAAGGGGUGGACAAUCCUCCUGACCGGCACCGAUAAAUAG